CCGUAUAUCUAGUGCACUGAUUACGGCUGCUUUUUCAAUCGAUCUUUUACCUUUUUCCUUUGGAGGGAUAUGUCUACUCUAAUAAUCUAUUUUAAAAACGGACGCGUGAUGCAUUUCAGUAUUUAUUUCAUUAUUUCAUUUUAACGUGAAACCAUUUGGUGAUGGGGAAGAGCAUGAAGUGAUAGUCAUUUGUUGGCUUUUGGGGGGAGUGUGGUGACCGAAAGCGGUUGUAUCGGCGUAGGCUAUAUCAUAGUGCUCCAAUCUUAAGUCUAUUUUUUUGUGGUAGAGCCUUUGGCAAUCAGCAUAUGUUCUCUCCGUCUCUGGUAAGUGGGGGAGGCGGAGAGAGACGGGCUGUGGGAGAAGGCGGUUUAUUACCCGUGGAGCAAAACACAGUUUAUUUAGAGGGAUGAAUCGUAUGCAUUUUUUGCAAGUGGACGACAAAACUAAUUGUUGACUGCAGCAUUUGGCGUAUUUUCUCUGUGGCGAAUUAUACAGAAAACCAUCACUGCUGAGCAAGGCGCCCACCAGACCACUGCCAUUUCUGGGCAAAGAUAGACUGGCGUCGUCUUGUGGAUAGGCUUCUAUGGCAGCAUAUGGCAUCUUCUGAAGGGAAGAAUCCACGAAUCGUUUGCAUUUUAGAAUGUAUUUUUAGCAGAAUGCAGUGACGGGAUUUUGAACCCAGCAUCAUUAGCCUACGCGGUUUCCGGUUCCUAGCUGGUGUUUCCCCAUUGCAAAAUUAUCGGAAAAAGCAGCGGAUCCCGAUGGCAUGGACACUUACGCAAGGUCUGCCGCGCUGCCGUGCUACUGGAGCCUAUUUGCUGUCUCUCCCUUCAACCCAGCUCCACCGCCAUCGCCCCGCAGCCCAGAGAGCCCUGCCGCAACGCGACCAGCGACCACCGAGCCAAAGCAGGCGGCAUGAGGCUUGAUUCAGUACAUUUAUCCAUGCUGGUCAUCGGGGUCUCUUUCGCCUGCUACUCCCCGAGUUUGAAUUCUCUGCAGGACCAGGCUUACAAUUCCGCCGUGGUGAUCGAGGGCAAGGUGCAGUCCGCGCCUCUGAACGACUCAGUCGAGGCGUACAGUGUGAAUGUCAAAGUGCUGGACUUGUGGCCGCGGAACAGCGGAGGUCUGGAACGGGAGCAGCUCGUCACCGUGGGGGAAUUCGGAUCGGAGGCUCUUUGCACCACAGUGAUAAAGAAUCACAAGUAUAUUUUUUUCAUGGACCCAACUGAUGAGCCUCUGGUUUUCAAGGCGUCGUAUGCUCCCAUAGACACUCGUGGGAAUAAUCUAAAAAAAGAUGUUGGGAGGAUCUUGUGUGAAAACUGCGCUAAUGCCCCAGAGUUGAAGCGGCUGAGGAACCUGAUGGCGGAAGAGGGGAGCAGGCUCACGGUCAAGUGUGAGGCUACAGGAAACCCCAGCCCGACCUACAAAUGGUACAAAGAUGGCAGUGAGCUCAAGAAAAGCAGAGAUGUCAAAAUAAAGUCCAGCCAGAAGAACUCCAGGAUCCAGAUCAGCAGAGCCAAGCUGGAGCAUUCUGGGAAUUACACGUGUGUGGCAGAGAACCUUCUGGGGAACUCCAACUCCACGAGCACUGUUCAUGUCCAAAGCAUAACUACCACACCGUCUCCAGGCUCGGGCCAUGCCAGAAGAUGCAAUGACUCAGAGAAGGCCUACUGCGUGAACGGCGGCGACUGUUACUUCAUACAUGGUAUCAAUCAGUUCUCCUGCAAAUGUCCAGAUGGAUUCUUCGGCCAGCGGUGUUUGCAAACAGAGCCGCUGCGGUUGCGCAUGCCCAAUCCUUACAAAAAAGCUGAAGAGCUCUACCAGAAAAGAGUCCUGACAAUCACGGGGAUCUGCGUGGCUCUGCUGGUGGUGGGCAUUGUGUGUGUGGUGGCCUACUGCAAAACCAAGAGACAGAGGAAGAAGAUGCACAAUCACCUGCAGCAGAACAUGUGUGCAGAUCACCCAAACCGGAACCUAGCGAACGGACCCAAUCACCCAGGACCUGGCCCUGAGGAGAUACCCAUGGUAGAUUACAUCUCUAAGAAUGUGCCUGCAACGGAGCGAGUCAUAGGGCAUGUACCAGAGGACUCGUUCCCAGGCAGCCAUGCGUCUUCCAGAUCUCACAACUCCUCUACCCAUGCCCAUUCAUCCACUCACAGACACGAGGAGCGGACAUGGAGCCUGGAGCGGACUGACAGUGUCCUCUCAGACUCACCAGGCAUGAUGUCGUCCUCCGUGGGGACCAGUAGGUGCAACAGUCCUGCGUGCAUGGAGGCUAGGGCCAGGCGUGCCGCACACUGUGGCUCUACUGUGCCCCACCGGCCGGGCCUGCAGUAUGAAGACUCGUUCGAUUCGCUGGGGGACUCUCCACACAGCGACAGGUAUGUGUCAGCCCUGACAACGCCGGCCCGCCUGUCUCCAGUGGACUUCUUUUACUCGCUGUCCCCGCAGGUGCCUUCCUUCCAGAUCACCUCCCCCAACACCAGCCAGGCCAUGUCCCUGCCACCCGCCGCCCACACCCCCUACCCCCCGGAGGAUGACCAGCCUCUGCUGCGGCGCUACCAGGUGCCCCUGCAUGACGUCCAGCGCCAGGAGCCCUACCGGCAGCAGCGCCGCACCUACCUGAACGACAGCACGGGCAGCCUGCCCUCUAGUCCCUACAGGCUGGCUGAGGAAGAAGACUACGAGACCACACAGGAGUACCUCUCCUCCCGUGAACAACCAAAGAAAAGUGGGACCGGCAGUGGUGGUGUUGGGGGUCGGCGCUUGCGGAGGUCCAGACAGAACGGCUACGUAGCGCCGAGAGGAUACGAGGCGUCACAGGACUACGGCUCUCGCAGCUGCCUGAUGGACAGCGAGUCAGAGGGGGAGGGUGAGAGCACACCCUUCCUCAGUAUGCAGAAUAUGAAUGCGGAGCCCUCCACCAUCUGCAGGCCGGCCAACAGUAGGACUUCUCAGUCACACUCUUCGGGGCGGCACGGUGCACGUGGGACUGUACAGACCAGACAGACGCAGUCACGGUCCAAACCGGACAAUGUACCGCAUUAAAGAAAGAGGAUGAGCUACCAACGAAAAUCAAUAUAGUAUAAACCUGCACCUAUACAAAAUAUUUUUAUUUUAUAUAACUGACAGAUAUUCUAAACAAAUGAAAUAUUUAUUUUCAUUUUUAGCAAAAGUUGUCUACUAGUUAACAGCAAAGACUUUUUUAUAGGGAAAACUCUAUUUAUAUGUACAUUUUGAUUUACAGUAUAAAAAGACGUGCCAAUUUUUUCACAACUUCAAACAUUGAGUAAUAUUGUGGUGCCUUUUGCUGUAUUCCGAUGGCAGAGGGCCAGUGGAAGUUUUUGUAGCCUUUCUUAUAUGGACAUCAUUUUUUAUACACGUUUCCUCUGUUCUUUUCUUUUUUGGGCUUUGGUUUUUCUUCUUUUCAGGCUGCGUUCUUCUGGGAGUCGAGCCCCAUUUGAACAUUACUCCUCCCCUUCCACAUCAUGCAAUAUAAACCACUUAAUCAUAAGGUGUAUGUUUACAUGAAUAUAAUUCACCUCUAGGGUUUAUCAUUUUGGGACUCUCCAGUAGAAAGUCUGAUCAAUGCAACGCAGGUCCUUGCUCUCUGAGUGGGGAGGAGUGUUUGUGUGUGCGUAAGUGCGUGUACUCACGUGUUUGUGUGCGUAUGUGUGUGUGUGUGUGUCUGUGUGUGUGGGGGGGUUUGUGUACAGCUAUGCUUGUGCGUGUGUGAGUGUUACAAGUCCUAAUGUGUUGUUGUACCAACCAACUGGUUGCUAUCUUGGGCGCCAAAGCAAUUGUAUCAGUAGAGGAAAGCUGCAGGUGCACAGUGAAGAUCAGCCUGGGUUCCAGGGUUGCGCUGCUGUUGGGUACAGAGUUCUGUUGGGUACAGAGUUCUUUCGAGUAAAGAGUUAUGUUGGGUAGAGAGUUAUGUUGGGUAGAGAGUUAUGUUGGGUACAGAGUUCUUUUGGGUACAGAGUUAUGUUGGGUAGAGAGUUCUUUUGGGUACAGAGUUCUUUUGGGUAAAGAGUUCUGUUGGGUAGAGAGUUAUGUUGGGUAGAGAGUUAUGUUGGGUAGAGAGUUCUUUUGGGUACAGAGUUCUUUUGGGUAAAGAGUUCUGUUGGGUAGAGAGUUAUUUUGGGUAGAGAGUUAUGUUGGGUAGAGAGUUAUGUUGGGUAGAGAGUUCUUUUGGGUAAAGAGUUCUGUUGGGUAGAGAGUUCUUUUGGGUAGAGAGUUAUGUUGGGUAGAGAGUUCUGCAUGUCAUUGCUUGAUGUGUGUUUACAUCUGCCCCACCUUUGUUUCCUGGCCCCUUCCUUGUACCAACAGUAUAAGGUUUGUCUCCUGGCCCCCUCCUUGUACCAACAGGGUAAGGAUGGUUUCCUGGCCCUCUCCUUGUACCAACAGUAUAAGGUUUGUCUCCUGGCCCCCUCCUUGUACCAACAGGGUAAGGUUUGUCUCCUGGCCCCCUCCUUGUACCAACAGGGUAAGGUUUGUUUCCUGGCCCCCCCCUCCUUGUACCAACAGGGUAAGGUUUGUCUCCUGGCCCCCUCCUUGUAUCAACAGGGUAAGGUUUGUCUCCUGGCCUCCUCCUUGUACCAACAGGGUAAGGUUUGUCUCCUGGCCUCCUCCUUGUACCAACAGGGUAAGGUUUGUCUCCUGGCCCCCUCCUUGUACCAACAGGGUAAGGGUUGUCUCCUGGCCCCCUCCUUGUACCAACAGGGUAAGGUUUGUCUCCUGGCCCCCUCCUUGUACCAACAGGGUAAGGUUUGUCUCCUGGCUCCUUACUGGUCCCACCAGGGUAAGGUUUGUCUCAUGGUAGCCUCCUUGUCCUGGCUGAUUCUGAAGAAGAAAUGUCGUUGGCCAGUGUCUCAGUUGGUCUGGAGAUAUCCCUGCCAUCAGUGAUAGUGGCUCAAUACAAAGAGACAAAACUAAAAAUCCCAUGAAUGUAUAUCUUUCUCCCAUCACCCAUGCCUCCUCCUCCUCAUCAUCCUCCUCACCUGUCCAUUGUGUCCCUGUGGCCAAAGUAAAGGUUCGCACAGCAUCUCAGGACUUCCACCCACCCCUCUGCCCCCUCUUCCCCUCUCUCUCUCCCCCUCUCCCUCCACCAAAAUAUUUCCCUAAGACUAAGCCCCCCCCCCCAAGGACAUAAAGAACACACCCAACAUGCUAUGCCUCUGAGCACUCCCAUCUAAAGAGAAAGAAAGGAGAGUGGAAUCUCAGUGGAGAACAGAACAGAAUAGAACAGAAUAGAAUAGAGUAGAGCAGAACAUACUAAACCAUUACAAGAGAAAUAGCUGUGAAACUUUGGAGGAUCAUAAAAUGCCAAAAUAUGCAAACUUUCUAUUUUGCUCUGUUUGAUGACAUCAUUUUCUAAGAGGUGUGUUGUGUGAAACCUAUGUAAUGCCUAUUGUGCAGGAGAAGUAACAUGAUAUCAAUACAUAUUUAUAUCCAUUCUUAUUUUCCAUGCAGUUAUGCAGCGCUUGCUCAAAUUGUCAAUUUUCCUCAUUCACAGAUUCAUGUCCAUUGACACUGAAUUCUUAUCGCACGAGUCCAGACCAAGCAGACAACACGCAAGUCUACAGUAAUGACUAAUCACUUUAAAGGGUCUCAUUCACUAAUGUUGAGUGCUGCUCGGUCUUGUGGAUAAGGAUAAUAAUGUUGCUUGUUAUGAAGUAUGUCACUAACAGGUUUGGAAGUUAAUUUCAUACCUGUCAAAAAUGUUGGAGUAAAUGGUUCUGACAAUGCAUUUGAAAUGAUUGUUGAUAAUCCUGCAAAACUGGUUAUAUACAUUCUAAAAUAUAACCAAAAAAAGAAAUGACUGUACCAGGACAAAAUCAUCAGAUGAGUCUAGGUCAAAAGUAAACUAAUAAACUAAUAAGUAGGAUUUAAAACACAACGGCUGUAAGAUGAAGGCACAUUGAAAAAAACACGUAGACACGUAGACAUCUCACAAAUGGAUUUUCUCUCAUUUCGGUUUCUCACACUCUGAGUGUAAUUUUGUAUGUUUGAAAAAUGUAAAAGAAGACAGUAGUUCUAGUUUAAAUGUGAUAUUUUCCCAACCUUGCCCCCCUCCUCACCCAAUAGAAGUGCUGCCAGGUUUUUCUUUUUCUUCCCUUGCUUGACAUGUUUCAACACCUCUCCUCUGCAUGUACUUGUGGUCAAGGUAUAUGGGUGCAUGGUGGUGAAAAGCAGCAGUCAGUUUAUUUUCAGUCAGUGGAAGUGUGUUUCAUUUAACAUUCAGCAAUAAAAAUACCCCCCCCCCAUCUCCAUUCUAGGAAUAUGCUAGAUUGUCAUAGAUUGUAAAAUAAAAUUUUAAAAAUAAUCCACAAAAUAAAUCUUGAUUCAUAUCAUUUUAACAUAAAGUGGUCAUCUCUGUGCAGGACUUUGGUGUGUGUUUUGAGAUAUCCUUAGCCAUUGGGCUGAGGUACUGUGUGGCUGGCUUUUAUAACCUUUCUGCUUGUGACUUUUGUUUCCAGUAUCUGAAGUGUGUGGUUCCUGUGAAACAUCCUUGUCUUAUUACACAUUUUGUUGUGUUACAGCCUGAUUUUUUUUUUAUCAGGUUUUUUUAAACAAUAAUAUCUCACCCAUCUACAAAGUGAAAACCUGAAUGUAGAAAUGUUAGAUCAUUUAUUUUAAAUACAUAAAUCACCUUUGGCAGUGAUUACAGCUGUGAGUCUUUCUGGGUAAGUCUCUAAGAGCUUUGCACACCUGGAGUAUACAAUAUUUGCACAUUAUUCUUUAUAAAAUGCUUCAAACUCAAAUGAGUUAUUUAAAUCAAAACUGUAACUAGGCCACUCAGGAACAUUCAAUGUUUUCUUGGUAAGAAACUCCAGUUUAUAUUUGGCCUUGUGUUUUAGCUUAUUGUCCUGCUGAAAGGUGAAUUUGUCUCCCAGUGUCUGUUGGAAAGUAGACUGAAACAGCUUUUCCGAUAUGAUUUUGUCUGUUUGAUGUUUCUUUUUAUCCCAAAAAACUCCAUAAGGUUUGCCGAUGACAAGCACACCCGUAACAUGAUGCAGCCACCACCAUGCUUGCAAAUAUGACGCAUGUUACUCAAUGAUGUGUUGUGUUGGAUUUGGCCCAAACAUAAAGCAUUGUUUUCAGGGCAUAAAGUCAAUUUAUUUUACUUUAAUGUCUUAUUGCAAACAGGAUGCAUGCUUGGAAUAUUUUUAUUCUGUACAGGAUUCCUUCUUUUCAUUCUGUAAUUUAGGUUAAUAUUGUUGAGUAACUACAAUGUUGUUGAUCCAUCCUCAAUUUUCUCCACAGACAUUCAACUCUAUAACUGUUUUAACGUCAUCAUUGGCUUCAUAGUGAAAUUCCUGAGCUAUUUUCUUCCUGUCCGGCAACAAAGUUAGGAAGGAUGCCUGUAUCUUUGUGUAUCUUUGUAGUGACUGGGUAUAUCGAUAGUGUUUAAGGUUAAGUUUAAGCAUUAACCCCACAUUUUUAAGGUUAGGGUUAAGGUUUGGGAUAGGCUUAAGACAAAAAUCUUAAAAACAACUUUCUAUCACUGGAUUUGAAGUUGCAAUCCUUGGACUCAGAGGCAGAUGCUUACACCCGUCUGCCAUCCCUGUCCACAAUUCCCUAGCAAAACCAAAACCUACUUGAAGAUAACAUCGCUCACUGUUGCCCCUAGUGCCUGGUUUCCAAGUCAUCUUCUGACAUCCUCCCGACAUGGAUGGACGUCGAAUUCUGACUUGUAUCACAAGUCACAAGCUCAUUUUUUCUCCUGAAUUUAUUUAGGCCUGCCAUAACAAAGGGGUUGAAUACUUAUUGUCUCAAUACAUUUCAGCUUUACAAAAAUGCAUAAAAACAUAAUACCACCUUGACAUUAUUUGGUAUUUUGACACAAAAUCUCUAUUUAAUCCAUUUUAAAUUCAGGCUGUAACACAACAAAAUGUGGAAAAAGUCCAAUUUAAAAUACUAUGGUAUACUAUGGUAUAAAUACUUUAGUUUACACUGUAUAAUUGUUUAAUACUGUAUUUACUGUAGUAUUUACAGUUAACUAUAGUAUAAAUGCUGUAGUAAAAUAAAACUGGUAUAUACUACAGUAAUUCGUGUAGUGUUUUGGCGGAUUGUAGUAUAGUGCAGUAUAUACUGUACUGUUUUUUGGUUUUAUUACCAUUGACAUAAAGUGGAGGCGUUCUCCUUGAGGAAACAUACUGGAGAAAUAGUAAAAUAGCAAAUAUUCCAUAACCUGAAGGUCUGAACGGAUAGUUCAGAGCUUCUCUUUUCACCAGCCAGUUUAUUAGGUAGUACUGGGUCGGAACCCCCUUUGCAUGUUGGUCCAUACUGACAUGAUGGCAUCACCCAGUUGCUGCAGAUUGGAGGGCGGUACACCACCUCCACCAGCCUGUACUGUUGACAACAGGCAGGAUGGGUCCGUGGACUCAUGCUGUUUACACCAAAUCCUGACUCGACCAUCAGCAUGACGCAACAGGACCAUCUCAGUUGUCCAGUGUUGGUGACCGCCUGCCCACUGGAGCCACUUCUUCUUGUUUUUAGCUGAUAGGA